GUUUAAUCCUCACAAAGUCUUAAGAGAACUACAUCUCACGAAGAAAUAACCUGUGAAUGGAUGCGUAACCCACGAAUAACAAACACUCUCAUUCUGCUGAGAAGUGCCGAAGUUUAGGGUGCAUUAUCUGCGCCAAGUCUGAUAUCGAAUUUUCGCAGUCCAUUUGUGUGCGGUGCCUGCCUUUUGUGCCAGGAGAAAUGGUCGACUACAGCAAGUGGAAAAAGAUUGAGGUAUCAGAUGACGAAGACGAGACUCAUCCGAACAUCGACACUCCUUCACUCUUUAAGUGGCGCCAUGAAGCUAGAGUCGAACGUGAAGCUGACUUCAAAAAACGAAAACAAGAUUGUUUGGAGCGGCUAAAACGAGCUGAAAAAGAAUUAAAUGAGGCGAAGAAAGCGUGCGAAGGACUCAGCGGUAAAGAAUUGGAUGCAGCAAAAAAGGCUAUGUUAAAGGUCUCUAAAAAACACAAAGAGUGCUUAGAAGAUAAGACGAAGAUAGAAAAGGAAGAGAGGCUUCAACCGCUAAAUGUUGACUCGCUUUCAAAGGACGGCUUCCAACGCACUUACUUAAACAAGCCUAAACCAAAGGACAACUCAAUCGAUAACCUGCCUGAAGAGGAAAAAGAACGUCUUCAGAGGGAGUUCAUAAAUGAACACGAAAAGGAGAUCAAACAGUUUGGAAUGCUCAGCAAAUUUGAUGACUCGCGACGAUUUCUCCAAGAGAAGCCGCACUUGGUCUGCGAUUGGUCGAAUAAUUAUUUAAUUAUUUGGUGUCUUAAUCUGGAAAUGGAAGGAAAGAGCCAACUCUCUCAACACGUAGCCCAUCAGUCUACUUGUCUGAAUUAUAUUCUCGAACUCGGACGACAACUUGAAGUUGAUCCGCGAAACUGUGUUAGCUCGUUUUUUAACCGUAUCCAAAAUGCGGACAAGGUUUAUAAGGACAUGUUUGAGGACGAACUGAAGGCGCUCAAUGGGCGAAUUAAGAAACGAGCACAAGAGAAGCUCGAAAUUGCUGUGCGUGAAGCCGAAGAGGAAGAGAGGGAACAGCGAAUGGGUCCUGGUGGCCUUGAUCCCGUUGAGGUCUAUCAGACGCUUCCUGAAGCAAUGCAAAAGUGCUUCGAUACCCGCGACCUGGAAAUGCUGAAAGAGGUCAUUUCGAAGUUGGACACCGCUGAAGCCAAGUACCACAUGGAACGCUGCAUUGCUUCUGGUCUUUGGGUAGCUGAUGCUUCAAGCGUUAAGGACGAUGACGAUGAGGCAGGCGAUUGUGCCAAGGGCGAUCUAAAGGAAUCUGCCCCGAAAAAAGGCAAGGAAUCAAAAAACGAAGCCACUGGACAAGCUUCUUCAUCAAAGGACGGAGCGAAAGGCGAAACAGAAGUAGCAAAAUCGUCUAAUGAAGGAACGGCCGCAGCAUCAACUAACUGAAUCAUUUUCAGCUAUCGAUUCAGCUGUAGUCGAUAAAAGAUGAUCGAAUCAAUGGUAAUGCACUUCCAUAUAGAGGCAUGUAAGUGCACCUAGGUAUUCCGGGGCACUAUCUCUUCUCCCCCGUAUUGGUUGGUUAUACAUAUACCCUCGAGCAAUUAUUAGAUUUUCUGCUCUAAGUAAUUCGAAGAACCAAUGUACUACGGGAAGCUUACAGGAAGGGUCAUUUAGGAAAUGCGAAUGUACGAGUAGAAUAUAUAGUAACAACGGAAAAACUAUAUGUCGGUUUAAUGGACAAAAUGGUUGAGUACGAUGCUACUUCCAAUUAAUUUACUUAAACUGCUGGCAAUAAUAAAGCGACACGUGCGAAUAGAUUCAGGCCCAUGGUAUUCUUAGUUAUCCUUUUGCACGAUUUAGUCAACGAUGGCACAAGAAGUUAUGGGACGGGAAGGCAGUACUGUAAGACGAGUCGAAGAGGAUAUUGUUGGCUCCACAAAAAUAACAUCUUCAAUAUACAUAUAUAUAUAUAUAUAUAUAUACAAACAAAUACGAAAUAUAUUGUGCUGCAUGUAUUGCGGCCAGGUAUAUAUUUUUGUGGGGAGGGUAAAGUUUGUGAGCUUGUCCGUGACUGCAAUGAAUAGCGUCCCUAAAUUUUAUUUUAUUAAUAUUUAUAUAUUCAUUGUAUUGUGACAUGUCUACGGGUACACUUUUAAAGAUGACAAUACACAUGAUCUUCCAACAUGCGGCGUCUUACGUCACAAAACGUCAGCUGGGUGCAGAGAAAAAGUUGUAAUGUUUUCGUCAGAAUUAAAGAUGAUGAGAGCCGUUGCGGAUGCGCUGACAAUGCAUUGCCUACUAGCCGUCCUAUUCUCGAUAAUUAAAAAGGUAGGAACAACGGGGUCAUUAUCUAAAAUCAACAUGUGAAAUACACGGGAAGUACCAAUAACCAUGGCAGAAUAUUCGGAAAUUUUGAUAGUUUCAAUACUAUUACUGUCUAUUUCUAACAGCUAAAAUUAAGAGUAAGUUAGUCGAAGUACUACUACUCAAGAUUACUGUGGAUACGGGAAAAAAAA